GCUCCGUCGGUCGAGUUUCUAUAUUAGUUUCAUUUUAGCAGUGGAAAAAAUUUUCGGUUUUUAUAUCUUCAGUGCUAAUUAAUAUAUCAGCAUAAAAGAGAAUAUUUAAAACACGAUCCAGACAGUUACCCUAGGGAGUCUAAAGUCCAACUUGUUGCAUCCACUAUUGGCGGCGUUGCUGCUGUUGUUGCUGAAUUUGUUGUUGCUGCCACAACUAUAAUCGCGCAGUACUAUUAUUAAUUAUAUAUAAUAUAUACGUCUGCCCGUUAAGUGACGAAAAAGUCAACAAUGUCGGCGCUUCUUAAAAUGCGCAGAGUGCAAAAACUCUUUACGCCUACCUUUGUGCGCAGCGUUUCGGAUGCGGUAAAGUAUCCGAAGAUCACCACACACUAUACCCUGCACCCGCGUGAAAAGGACGAAAGAUGGAAGGAGGUGGACAUGGAGCGUUGCGUCGAGGAGGUGGACAUUGUUAUCGUGGGUGGUGGACCGGCGGGCAUGUCGGCGGCCAUAAGGGCCAAGCAAUUGGCUGCAGAAAAAGAUCAGGAGAUACGCGUCUGUGUUGUGGAAAAAGCCGCUGAAGUGGGUGGUCACAUCCUCUCGGGGGCUGUCAUCGAUCCCGUUUCGAUUAAUGAGCUGAUACCCGAUUGGCAGGAGCAAGGAGCACCUCUGAACACGCCCGUCACCAAGGAUACAUUCUCGCUGCUCACUGCAACGGGCCGGCACUCGAUACCCAUUUUCAAAGGCUGGCCCAUGGACAACCAUGGCAACUAUGUUGUGCGCUUGGGCCACUUGGUUAAGUGGUUGGGCGAUCAAGCCGAAGCCCUAGGCGUUGAAAUUUAUCCGGGCUGUGCGGCAUCCGAGGUGCUGUUCCACGAGGAUGGCAGUGUCAAGGGCAUUGCUACCAAUGAUGUGGGCAUUGCAAAGAGUGGAGCGCCCAAGGAUACAUUUGCUCGUGGCAUGGAGCUACACGCGAAGACCACCAUUUUCGCCGAGGGCUGUCGGGGUCAUCUGACCAAACAGAUCAUUCAGCAAUUUGGCCUUACGGAUGGCAGCGAGCCGCAGGCCUAUGGUAUUGGCUUAAAAGAGGUGUGGGAAAUAGCGCCCGAAAAGCAUCAACCUGGCUUGGUGGAGCACUCCAUAGGUUGGCCGCUGGAUCGGUUUACAUACGGCGGUUCCUUCCUCUACCACCUGAACGAGCCAACUCCCGCGAUAGCUGUCGGUUUUGUUGUGGGUUUGAACUACAAGAAUCCGUGGAUCAGCCCCUUCCAAGAGUUCCAGCGCUUCAAGACGCACCCAAAAGUGCGCGAUAUAUUCGAGGGUGGCACUCGUAUCGCCUAUGGUGCGCGUGCCAUUAACGAAGGCGGCUUCCAGAGCUUGCCCAAGAAACUGUCCUUCCCAGGCGGCUGUCUAGUCGGCUGCAGUGCCGGUUUCCUCAAUGUGCCACGCAUCAAGGGCUCCCACUAUGCCAUGAAGAGUGGCAUGCUGGCUGCGGAGAGCGCUCUUGAGGCCAUCAAUGCAGAUACGCAGUCCACCGCUGGGGUGGAGCCUACAACUUAUGCCGACAAAAUCAAGGACUCUUUCGUAUGGAAGGACUUGUAUAGGGUGCGCAACGUACAUCCUUCCUUCCACAAUCCCUUCGGACUGUAUGGUGGUAUGGUGCUAAGUGGCUUCUCCAUUUUUAUGGGUGGGCGCGAACCCUGGACCCUCAAGCAUGGCCCACAGGAUCAUGAAUCCCUAGAGCUUGCCAGUAAAAGCGAAAAAAUUGUGUAUCCCAAACCCGAUGGCAAAAUCUCCUUCGACUUGCUAUCCUCAGUGGCACUAACGGGCACUAACCAUGAGGGCGACCAGCCUGCUCACUUGACGCUGAAAGACGACCGGAUACCAGUUGAUCACAAUUUGGCCCUCUACGAGGGUCCGGAGCAGAGAUUCUGCCCGGCCGGCGUUUACGAGUACGUGCCAAACGAGGAGGGCGGCAACUUGAAGCUGCAGAUCAAUGCCCAAAACUGCAUACAUUGCAAAACCUGUGAUAUCAAGGAUCCCAAGCAGAACAUCAAUUGGGUUGUACCUGAAGGUGGCGGCGGCCCAGCCUACAAUGGCAUGUAAAGAGAGAUCCAGGGAUGUUACAAUCGCUGCUCAACAGAUACCAAUAUUGCAUUUCUUUAGUUUGUAAAACGAAAAUUUUACCCACAAUAUUUCGAAAGUUUUAAAUUUAUAUUAGGCAGAAUCUAGAUCGGCAAUAAAAAGUUGUAAAAUUCGCAAAAAAAAAAACACUUUGAU